AUGGACUCAAACAAGUUGUUGCUGGCGGCGAGCGGCGGCGACACUGUGAAGCUAUUUGACAUCUCGGUGGAGCCCCGAGAUCCCUGUAUUCUCAUCUACGCCCCCUCUCGGGGAUUCCGCAUAAACUCCGUCAAGUGGAACCACAACAAUUUGGUGGUGGCGAGUGCCGGCGAGGAUAAGAAAAUAUCUUUAUGGAGGAAAAAUGGACACAGCUUGGGCACUGUCCCUGUCAAAACUGAUACUGGCGAAACUAUCGAGCCACAGGAGUCUCUAUCAGCUUUAGUAACAAAGGAUCCCGAUAUCUUUGCUCCGGUGGAAGUGGUCAAGUUGUACUAA